CGAGACGAUAGCGAUGCAGUUAUGAGAGAGACCGGCAUCCGAAAUUCAAGCUGAAAUAAACUGAAAAAUGGAUGCCUUGAGCGUGCUAAUUGUGAUAGCCCUUAUGCAUUGCUCAUUAUUCUUUUUUGAUAUGCUUUUUAAGUCCUGCUCGCAUUUUCCAUACCUCUACUUCUUAGAGAACACUGGCCUGGAGAUACAGCUGUUGAGAGUGAAAUGGUUUACAACUGCUUUCAAUCGCAAAAUAAUAAAAUGGGGAACAGACCGAUCCAGGUUUUGGACCGCUUGGUUCAACGCUGGUGUCAUUAUAAGCAUUAUAUUAUUGCCAAUAGCUGUUGUUAUUAUUUUGAAGAUGACAUUUAACAUGCUGCUGAUUGGAUCCUUGAGUGACACUAGUCCAGGAGCUAUAUUAGAACCCAUGUUACCAGGUGUGGAUGUUCCUUUCCAUGAAAUUGGCUACUAUAUAAUAACACUGGCCAUAUGUAGUAUUGUUCAUGAGUUAGGGCAUGCCCUUGCCGCAGCGAGAGAAGAUGUACAGCUAUUUGGUUUAGGAAUCUUGAUUUUUUUUACAAUUCCAAUAGCUUAUGUGCAUAUAGGCAAUGAUCAAUUAGUUUCUUUGCCAUUGAGAAAUCAGCUACGCAUUGCAUGCGCAGGAAUUUGGCAUAAUAUUAUCCUUGCUACAGUAGCCGCAGCAAUUCUUAUACUUUCAACAUGGCUGUGGGCACCGCUUUACAAUAUUGGCUCUGGAGUUUACGUGAAAACUAUCUUACCUAAUUCACCUGUGUUAGGACCAACUGGUCUUUUGGAACAUGAUGUAAUAUACAAAUUAAACAAUUGUCCUGUAAAAAACAGUGAGGAUUGGUACGAUUGUAUGCUUCACGCGGUGCAGCACCCUGCUCUUGGUUAUUGCAUUAAACAAUCGUUUAUUCAAGUAACUUACGAAAUAUUUAUCAUUGACUAUGAUGAGUCAGUGCCAGCAAAGCAGAAAACAAACGGUGCUGUGAAUUGUUGUACAAGCGACAGUGAAAUAAAUGGCAAUCUAUGUUUCGAAUACAUCGAAGGACCGCAAACCGCUCCUCUUCAUUUACCCCCGCAUUCUUGCCUUCCAGUAAGGACAACGCUUAAUCAGUCACAAAAUUUCUGUCAAGCUAGUCAUGAAUGUUUAUCUCAAGAUACACAUUGCAUGAAACCUUCCUUAGAUAAUGUGACAAAGAUUAUCCAAUUAAAGAGGAAAAUAGACAAGGAUGUGUUAUUCGUUGGUCAUCCAGCGGAUAUUUACAAAACUGUUGACGUAUCGGAUUGGGUGCCAAAGUACUCUUUUCUGGAUCCUAAAUUACCUGAAUCAUUUGCGCUGCUUUGCAAAUAUAUAACAGUAUUUUCAGCAGGAUUGGCAAUUAUUAAUGUAGUGCCUUGCUUCUUCCUAGAUGGUCAAUACAUUCUGAGUGUAGUUGUACUUUAUUUAUUGAACUCCAUGCCACAUAGUAAGAAUAUCAGAGAAAGCAUAGUCCUUACAAUAACAAGUAUAGGUACAUUACUUCUUAUAACAAACUUAAUGUAUUUACUUAUUAAUAAAUUAUUGUAAGUUAA